AUGGCACGUCGAGUUUCAGUGCGUCAUGGUAGAAAGAUUGUUACUAAUCGUAGUGUCGAGUCCAGUGUGAGAGUUGAAUCUCGUGUCCAUACCGCGCGUCGAAGUACUCGAAAUCAUAAGAAUCAGUCAAAGGAUGUAUUUAGUGAUGAGGAAGAAGAGGCUGCACACCAAGAACGUACGAUGAAUGCACGAGCUGAUAUUGAUGAAGUAGUGGAGUAUGAAGAACCGAGAUUUGAUCAAGGAGAUUCAGAAAUAGAUGAAGAUGAAGCGUUUGAUAGUGAAGAUGAAGCUGCACUUGAUACUGUCAAUAAUGAACAAGAAGAAGAAGAAGAUGAUGAUGAUGAUGAUGAAGCAGAAAAGAUUAAGAAUUUGAGCAAUAUGGUGGACAGCUUAGUAGAGCAGAAGAAGAGCAAAACUUUGGCUGAGAUUGACUCGCAGUUUGCUAAUGAAACUGUCGAUGGAGAGCUAACGCUUGGUAGUCUGUUGGGUGGGCAGGUGGUUAAGUCCACAGCUGAAACUACCGAGGAGGAUAACGAAGAAGCACAAGAAAAAACUAAGACAGGGCUAGACUUGAGACGUAUGCGACAGCAGGUUCGCGAUCUGGAAGGAGACGGUACCACACUUACGCUCCAGACCAGUAGGGAACCCGUGCAUGAUGCACGUGCCCAACGCAAACUGGCGUAUGUGGAGAAGACCAAAAGUGUGGAUCUUUUUGAACCGGUAGUGCGUCGCAAUAGACAGAAGGAGACGCUUGAUCUGCGUGUCCAAGCGCCUAAACUUGAGAAGUUGACGCCUGCUGCAUUGGUCAGCAAGUUUGUCGCGCAGACAGACAUGGAGAAAAGCGUCGCGGCGUUGCUAGAAGCUGGUGACUUGAGCGACAAGAAGCUAGCAAAGGGUGAGGAAGAAGAGCUUGCGCGUAAGCACGUAUCGACUGAAGAAGUGGCUGCACGUCAGAAAGAGCUUGCAAAGCUGCGGUCGCUGUUAUUCUACGAGGAACAAAAGAAGAAGCGUAUUAAAAAGAUAAAGAGCAAGCUCUAUCACAAGAUCCGCAAUGCGCAGGACAAGAAGGCCGUAGCGAGGCAGAAGGAAGAGUUGCGUGCCCUGGACCCAGAAUUGGCUCGCAAACUUGACGAAGAGCUGGCGGAGAAGCGAGCGGAGGAACGACUAACUCUUAAGCAUCGCAACACAAGCAAAUGGGUGAAGCACCAGCUUCGUCGUGGCAUUCAAGCUGACGAUGCCACACGUAGUGCGAUUGCCGACCAGUUGCGUCGUGGCGAGGAGUUGCGGCGCAAGAUGAAUAUUGUGUACAGUGAUGACGAUGACAUGGAUGAGGAUGAAGACAAUUGCGAAGGUGAUGCUGCGUCGCGUCUACAGAAGCGUUUGGAAAGACACGCAAAUGCUUUGAUUACAGAAAUUGACGCCGACUCUGAGGAGGCUGGCAAGAAGCGAGGUCUUUAUGGAAUGAAGUUUAUGCAGCGUGCAGCCGAGAAGCAGCGCGAGGAGGCGCGCGUUGAGGCUGAGAAGCUUCUUCGCGAGAUUCACACUGGCAACGGUGUCGAUGGCGAUCGGAUCCUUUCCGAGGGCGAGGAUUACCUUAGCUCCGACGGCGAAGGUUCUGCUGCGGGGAAGAGUAAACAUGCCAAGAAGGUGAAAAAGAAGGUGGUGGUGACAGAAUCUGACAAGAUGGCUGUCGACCGUGCACUGGUUAGAGGUGCACUUCAAACGACCAAUGUAAGCAUGGGCGCUGGUGUGUCGGCUCGUGCCUCGGACGUGAUUGCAGUUGACCUUGGCGAAGGUGGUAGCAGUGUCGCACUCUCGAACGGAGACGAGAAGCAAGUGAAGGAUCUUGAGCUAGGUGCAAGGGUCUGUCAUGAGACACCCACUCAUGCUACCUCUGAGUCCCAAUCGAAGGUUGAGUCAAAAGACGCCGACAUGGAGCCCGCUGCAGAGGGUGAGGAGAACCCGUGGCUGUCGAGCACGGAUACGAAGAGCAAGUCUCGCAAGAAUAAGAAUAAGAAGAAAACAAAACAGAAGAACGAAGGUGCGCAGCCGGACGUGGCGACAGCUAUUGCGUCUCUUGCACAAGACACGAAGAAAAAAAGUCAGGAGAAUACCUCGUUUGCUAGCCUUACGAACCAUACGGCAAAGGCUUCGAAGAUUGGCAAAAAGCGGAAGCUGGAUCAAGUAAAUCUCGAAACCAUUGAGGAUUCUGAGCAUACAGUCGUGAGCAAAAACAAGAAGAAAAACAAACAAACACAGAAAGAUGCCAAAGAUGCUAGUCAGGACGAACUUGUGCGCCGUGCAUUCGAAUUUGUAGCUGAUGAAGAGAACGAGCUUGCUCAUGAGAAAGACCGGUUGGCUAGUCGGGAUGCUAACGCCAAAAAGAGCGUCGAGAUUGCCAAGCUUGUGGGUAUGUCUGGAUGGGGCAACUGGGCAGGUGAAGGCGUCCGAGUGUCAAAGCGUCAAGUUGCGCGUGAACAGAAGGCUAAGGACAUUGCACGUGAGGCCAAGCAAAAGGCUUUAGCUGGUCGCAAGGAUGCUUGUCUCGACAAGGUGCUGAUUAAUGAGAAGAAGGACAAGAAGGCUGCUAAAUUUAAGGUCAAGGACGUACCAUACCCAUUCACAUCGCGGGCAGAAUACGAGGCUGCUAUGCGCAAUCCUUUGGGCAGUGACUGGAACACUUCACAGGUGACGAACGUACUGACGGCGCCCAAGAUUAUGAAACAUGCUGGUACGACCAUUGCUCCGCUUUUGCUCACGAAAGAGGACCGUAAGCAGGCAAAGAAGGAAUUAAGCUUGAAACGCAAGGCCAAGUUCUGA